AUGACGACCAGCAAACUAAGGAUCUUGUGUCUUCAUGGAUAUACUCAAAAUGCCACCAUGUUUCGCACGAAAACAGCUGUCGCUCGUAAAAGUGUCGAAGAUUUGGCUGAUUUUGUAUAUAUCACUGGACCACAUCAUAUCAGCCCACCAACGUAUUCUACUAUCACAGAAAGAGAAGAAGCAGCCAAAGAAGAGUCAUCUGAAGAGCACAAACCAUUUGGAUGGUGGUACUCUCCUAAAUAUAAACCCACACAGAACGGAUUUUUUGUGGGGUUCAAAGAGUCGAUCGAUUAUGUGAAAGAUGUGUUGGUAAAAGAGGGACCAUUUGAUGGCAUUAUGGGAUUUUCACAAGGUGCUUGCUUUGCUGCACUCCUGACUGAGUUGUUGGAAGACAGAACAUACUUUCCUGAUUUGAUCUCUCCAACAUUUGAACAUCCACCCUUCAAAUUCUCAAUCAUUGUUGCAGGCUUCAAGCCCACAAUGCAAGAGGCAACCAACAUCAUGCUGAACAAAGAUAAGCCAGUAAAAACACCUAGCAUGCAUUUCAUUGGUGAUUUAGACACACUAGUAUUACCCGAGGCAAUGAUAUCUCUAUCCGAGACGUUUGAAAAUCCAACCAUCUUCCGUCAUACAGGAGGACAUUACCUACCAUCCAACUCAUCCAGCAGAAAAGAACUCGAGAAAUUCAUCACUCGAUUCAUGACAAAUCCAUAG